ACAACCACCUCUGCGUCUUGACCCAAAAGGUGAAAAAAACACCCACCACCUCGGGCUCGCGCAUCUCCGCUUCUCCACUCCGCCCCGCCUCGAGCCUCCCUCCCUCCGCCUCCACUGACCCCCCUCCCCCCCACUUUAAAAUUCCCUCGCCGCCGCGCCCCCGCAGGCCCGCACCCCGCCCGCACACACCUCCCCCUCGCAGGUCGCAGGCAGCAACAGCAGCGGCGCCACCGCACCCCGCGCCGGAAAUGGGGAACAGCCUCGGGGGCAAGCGCAAGGGCGCCAAGGUGAUGCAACUGGACGGCACCUCCUUCCGCGUCAAGCUCCCCGCCGCGGCGGCCGACGUGCUGCGGGACCACCCGGGCUUCCAGCUGCUCGAGUCGGAGGAGGUCAAGCUCCUGGGCGCCCGCGCCCGCCCGCUGCCGCCCGACGCGCCGCUCCGCCGGGGGCGGCUCUACUUCCUCGUCGCGCUCCCGCGCCGCGCCCCCGCCGGCGGCGGGGCCAUGCGCCGCGCCUGGUCGGGCAACCUCCGCGUCGGGGCCCGCGAGCGGCUCGAGUCGCUCAUGCUCGCGCGCCGCUCCACCUCCGACCUCUCCUCGCUCCCGGUCCACGCGUCCGCCUCCGCGCCCACCUCCCCGCUCCCCAGCGGCGCCACCUCCCCGCUCCCCGCCGCGGGCGGCGCCACGCCCGUGCGCCUCAAGAUGCGGCUCCCCAGGGCGCAGGUGGAGAAGCUCAUGGGCGAGAGCAAGGACCCCGCCGAGGCCGCCGCCAAGAUCAUGGAGCUCUGCGGCGCCGCGCACGCCAGCGCCAGGGUCACCCCGGAGCGGCCGCCCGGGAUACUGCGGAGCCCGCGGUUCGCCAAGACGCCCGAGUGGGGCGCCGGCUUCAUGCUGCCGGCGCCGGCGCCGGCGAAGACGCCGCAGCGGUGGCCCACGCUGCCACGCACUACCACGGAGAAAAAGGCAAGGUUCGUGGAGUUGCCGGACGAGCUAAUAGCAUGACUUCUUCUUCUUCUUCUACUACUACUACUGUGGCAAGCAUGUUUGGUGAUUGUCAGGCCAGGAGAUAAGGAAUUGUAAACUUAUCUUCAGGCGGGGCUGUACUUUCUUCCUUCCACCGCUCGAUUGAGCGAAACAGCUAUGGUUUGAAGAUGAGAAGCCGCCGAUGGCUUCCAAUUCACCUUGGUCCAAUGAUCUGACACCGUGUUAGACAGUUCAGUAUGUUUCCUUCCGCCUUCUCCAAUUCCCGUGUGUUCCUGCUGCCUUCUCUUUGGUGCUCCAUUAUUUGCAAGCCAAUAUGCUCAUCAGGUCAACUCUGGUUGCCGCUGGGUAGUUUCGUCUUAGACUCAGGCAACAUAACCAUGUGCAUCUGCAUCCAUACAUCACUGCACACGGAUUAGAAAUGCCAAUCUGUUCCCUGCAUUAUCCAUUCAUUUUCCUGCAUGAUUUUGGAAUGAAAAAACUGGGGAUUGUAAUGCAUAAACCAAUUGCUCUACACAUCAUGAAUUAAUGAUCUGUUGAGCAAUUGAGUUGAACUGGUCGAUCGUCUGUUGAGAGGAAAUUAUUGGGAGGCGUUGCUCAACUGCAUUCCCCAGCACAUGCAAGCGCAUCAUUUGCAAUGCAGCAGACUAGCAGUAGCAGAGUCGUGCGUUGCUGCGCCGUGAGCAUUUCUUAUCGCCACCGAUCAUUCGGAUUUGGAUAAAAGAUAUCGCCGCCAAUCACCGGUGAAGCUGCACAUGCGUGAAGGAUCUGAGUGUCUGACCUAGGCGACCUACCCUACCAAGUCAGAGGAAUGCGUUUCGUGAGCCAACAAAGGCGACCUCGAACGUCUUCUGGACUCCGUGCUUGAGCCCUCUGGAUCAGGGAUGUUCUCUGAAGGGAACCCCCAGUCGCCGCCCUCAUUAUGCAUAGUAGUUCGUUGGAGCGACCCCAGAAGGCCAGAACUUGUAAUCCAGCAGCUGUCCUGUUCAUAGUUUCUCUUUGUUGACCUUGAUGAACUUUUCGUUUGGCACUACCA